AUGGGCACCUGUACUGCCCUCAACAUCCACGACAGCUCGCCGUGUGUCGAGCCCGCAACCAACACCAAUGGCCAAUUCUGCCAAUUCCACUCCCGUCAAGUACAAGGCCUCUACGAGGGUUACAAACGGAGAUCUCUGGAGCUUGAAGCACUAGAGAAGAAUGCUCCAAAAUGUUUGCCAAAGAACUUUGGGAAUACAGACUUCGCGGCGGUCAAGACCCUACCUCAGCUGAAAGAAAUUUAUGCCUAUAUGCUGCAGAGAUACAAUCUCGUGACGAGAUGCGUCAUGGCGAGAGACUUUCACCAUUCCCAUUUUUAUGCGGACAAGUCGGACUUUGGGCACCAGGCAUACCUUGAACGACUCCGAUCUACGCGUGCGCUUUUGACUACCACCCUCGGCCGGCUCGAGAAACGUACACUGGAUGUCCAGUAUUCAAAUGCACAAUGGUACAACUGGGUUGAAUCUUUCCAAGCAGAGAUGGACGCCAAGUCCGAAGCCGAGAAGAAAAAGGUCAAGGCCGAAGCAGCGUUAUUCAAAGCUCACCAAGAAAACGUAUCCAAGCUACGCGACGAAAAGGAAGCGACGCGGCGCAUUCAGAUUGAGAAGGAGGAGAUUUGGGAUCCAAUCGAGGAGAUCAUUGAAGAUGCUAGGGCAGGAUAUGUGGCACUUAUUAGAGUUCUUAUCAAUGCCGAGGGAGUAGAGGAGAAAGAGAUGGAACUAGCGCUAAAGAGAGCAAAGGAGAUAAACGCGGCUGCCACUGGAGAAUUAGGCGCACGAAUGGCUGAAUCAAAGGCGGAUAGGUUGCUAGCGCAAAGACGGAGACAUAUGGAGGCGUUCCUCAUGAGAGGGCCGGUGGGUCCCCCGGCACCGCCUAUGCCUGGCCUGCAUGUGCAAUCACACGAAGAAGGUGUGAAGGAAGAGUUGGAAAGGAGAAACAAAAAGAGGAUAAGUGAGAUGGAUAAGAUGAAAAGGGAGGGAUCGGAAGAAGAAGAGCCAAAGAAGAAAGAGCAGUCGAAAAAGAAGAAGGGGAAAAAGGGGAAAAAGAAUCGUAGUAGUGAGAAUGUUCCGGCACCUACGGUGGAGAGUGAUCACGGUGAAGCAAUCGAGAAUGCAGAGGGGACUCAAGAGGCCCCCGAUAGCGAAGACGACCCCCUCGAUAUAGAUUCAAUUCAGGACCAAGAUAUGAAAGCAAUUAUUCAAAGUAUAACAGAUUUCGUCAUAGCCAAUCAACCAGCGUUGGAAAUCAACGUAGACAGCGAGAGUGGCUCGGGGAAGGUUCGUGCAGAGGUGAGAGCCGUGCACGAAUACCUCCUUCUACGUUCAAUCAUUGCAUCACCUUCGCUGCUAUCUGCUGCUAUCCUCAGCUCUUCUAUCGAUGAAUUUUUGCAUGAUACUGUGCACGUGCGGAAUACAGAUCUAAGGGAUCUCGCUCUAGAGCUUUCUAAGCCUUCGGACGAUUCCAUACGUGAUGCGUGCGCAGAUUAUUGGGCCGGAGCAAAGAUGGGCGACUUGGAGAGCACUGGGGAUGACGAGCUAUCGAAUGAGCUAGUUGUGCAUCAACCCAAGCCAAAGGACGAUGGCGAAGAAAAGAAAAAAGGGAAAAGGAGACGGUCGAAACCCGCAGCGCAAAUACCCGAAAAGGGUGGAAAGAUGGACCGUGUAAAGAUUUGCGGGAAAUGGAUUUAUAACUACCCCGCCGAAACCAAGAUGCCGCGACGAGGCUGGUUUCAAUUUGCAAUUCUCACUGGAACAUCCUUCUUCACCGCUGCCAGCCUGUGCAAGUCCUGGCAGGAAUUCUACGAGUUGAACAUUCUAUCCUUAAAUGGCUACUUCCGGGGAUUGAAAAACGGAUGGGAUACCACUCGAGAGUCACCCCCACUCGCACACCUACGACGAAUUGGUUUUGUGCCUUAUGCCCUCUCUCACAACUCCAUUCAUGCAUCUGGGUUUACACAAACCUCUCGACACAGCGGUAAUUCCGUCCGUUUGCAUGCUGCAACCGAGGCACGAAAUUACAUUGCCGCCAAUAUGUCUCGCGAUGAUCCACGAGUUUAUAGAUUCAUCGAGAUCCUCAAGACACAUCAUUCCGAGCUGAUCGUGUAUAUUAAGGACUGCAAGACAGGCCAGGCAUUAGUGGACCCUCCUUCAGAUGAAAGGUGGAUCAUUCGAGAUAAAAUAGGAGCUGGUCGACUUCAUCGUGGGAAAUGGACGAUAAGACAUCCUUUUGACAAAAGUUUCAAGGCGACUUUAGAGCGAGAGCGAUUGUGGCAAUCUUUUAGAGACUGCCUUGAUGUCGUGAUUUGGGAUCGCCUACCCGCGAGGCCACCUGAACAUCUUCAGUACACACUCAUGAAGUUGUUACACAAAGCAUUUAAAUUUACAGAUCAUAUCUCAGUCCUCGAGUCAACUUUAGAGGUAUAUUAUCGAACUGCAAAAGAGGAAGAGGGCAAAGAAGGAUCAAUGGCAGCCAGUGUAAGGGACAUCAAAAUGGCGAUCCGAGAAUACCGCCGCAAAUCGGAUGCAGAAGGGGAAAAGAAGGCAAGGCCAAAAAGAAGCCAUUAUCUGUUUUAUGACAGUGUAGAUGAGGACGUUGACAAGGACCAUCCUUACGACUCCCACACCACUUGGGAUAUUGAGAGCAGCCUCAAGGGUGAUGCAGGACUGAGGGAGUUGGCUCAGCAGCACAAGUUUGCUACAGAUGAAAAGGAGGUUGAGAGAUUGGAAAAAAUCCUCAUGGAAAAGAUGAGUAAGAUUGUCGAGAAGAUGCCAAAACAGAGGGAGCCAACAAUUGAUGAUGAUCUCGAAGAUCAGGAAGAAGACUGGGAAGAUGCGUCUGAUUCAUAUUGGGAUGAUGGCGAAGAUGAUCAUAUGGAGUUUCUUGGCAUUUGGGACCAAGCAGAACAGGAGAACGAUGAACUUUACGAUCAAGCUGAAGACUUCAGCCAUACUAUGUUUGAACAGCAACUUAAGAGAUUUCCCGGGAAAGAGCAACAGUACCAGGAACAGCGAAAGUUCUUGAACGAUGUCGGCCGUCGGCAAAAUAAUAUGAAUACGAAAACCCGUCAAAAGCUUGAGAAAAGACAACAAGAACUUAUGACUGGAACUCCUUUCAUCCCUCAAAAUUUCAUGAGAUGUCAAUACAUCAUCGAGCGCCUAUGGGGCGAAAGCCCCGAGGUUUCUAAAAAGGAACUCGGGGAAUAUCGGGAAGAAUUUGAAGCAUUGCACGACAAAGAAGGUCGUGCUAAAUGUCCGCCUAGCCGACGUCCACCAAAGGCUCCUCAGUGUGCACUUGAUGAAUGGGACAAGCUUCGUCCGAAGAGAGGUGAAAGUAUGGCUGAUUACGACAUGCCGCGGGAGUGGGAACACGCCAUCCAAAAGAACAUUACGCGUUUGUGGAAGAAAGGCUUGAUUCAGCCUUCUUGGGCAAUGACAUGCGUACCUGUAUUUGUUGGUCGUGAAGGUCCUGAUAAGCCAUUAGAUCUCUACUCCGACUAUCGUGGUCUUGUGAUCACCGGAAGAUUAUUGUGUCCAACUACUGGUGAUCCAGAUAUGCAAAUACCCCCAGGGCCUAAUUAUCUGCGGGAGGAAAUGGAGAAGUAUGAAAGGAAGCAUCCGGGCUCAACUUACAGCCUACUGAGAGUGGCGUCUGAUCCGGAUUGCUGGCCGUCUGAGAUGUGUGAGGAAGAUGCUCUUCAUACUGCGAUUGUUGAUCGUGAGGGUAGGAUCUGGGAAUGGGUAAAAACGCCCAAGGACAUGCCUUGGUCUGAUUAUAUGAUGCAUGAUAACGUCCGCUAUUUACUUAGAGAUCCACCUUCUCUCAAUCCUACGAGCGAGAAAUCAGUCACCUACGUCCGUCAUAGAGUCGAUACCCUCCUCAUCAUGGGCGACGAGGACAAGUGUAAGCAGUGGUCUACCCUAUGCCUGGGAUAUGUGAGGAAGCAACCCCACGGCUAUGAGAUCGAUCUCGCCAGGAGCUUUUUGAGAGUGAAUGCAAAUUUUUUGAGGGGUUUGCAGGAGUGUUGGUGGGAGUAA